GCAGACCGCAAUGGCUACCAGGUCGAAAGAAGAAAUACUCAAGUGUUUGAACUGUCCAAUGUGUCUUGAUGUCUUAAGGAAUGCUACCAUUCUUAGCUGUGGCCAUUCCUUCUGCAGGGGUUGUUUAGAAGCAAAUGACAAGCAGCAUAAGGACCUGAAUCACAUUGUCUGCCCAGUCUGCAGGAAGUUUACCAAACUGGAUCAAGAACGGGUGGCAGGAUUGACACCAAACUUCUUAGCCAAAGGUCUAGAAGAUAUCCUCACAGCGGACGUCAUUGCACAAAGUCAGGAAGACGAACUAUCAUCAAAAUUGUGUCCAUUGCAUAUUCGUGUCUAUAGAAACAUUUACUGCCAGCCCUGUGGUGAGUUCAUCUGUAUUAGAUGCUAUAUCAACAGACACCAAGGUCACAAGUUUAAGAAGCAGGAGGAGUUAGAAAAGGAGUUGAAAACCAAGAGAGAUGCUCUUCUUGAGAAGAGUACGACGAGAAACGCCAACAUUGAACAGUGUUUGAGCAAGGCUGCCCUAGAAAGAGAUGUCAUGAAUUCCCACCUGAGUGGCUUGGAGAGGAAAGUCGGAGCGGCCUUUGCCAACAAGGUGGCAACUCUCCUGCAACAUGAGAAAGAAUUACUCGAGAAGAUAGGAAACAUCAGGAAUGACCUGGCCAACCAGUUGGAGAGCUGUAUUUGUCGAUGCACAAACGUUAUUGGUAGGAUCAGUAAUUCUGCCCAACUCUUAACCAAUCAUGCAAGUAAACCUUCAGAUUCUGAUAUGAUCAAAGCUGACCAUUUGACAUGCGCCGAUCUAGAGGAUUCACUAAAGGAGGCCACUGACGAAGAGUCUACACCACGUGUGGAAGAGUUAAGAAGGAGUGUAAAGUUUGCCCCGGCUGGGGAUGAGCUCCUUGCCCUAGGUUGUAUAGAUGUUGGCGACAACGACAUAGAGACUAAUAGCAGUCUGGAAACCGGGAAUGCCAUGCAACAUAUAAAGACUUCACGUAGAAAGCAUAGAAGGAACAAGAGAGGAAGAAAGCAGCAAGUUUGCAGGAAUGAUACUGGCAUGCCAGAAACAAUAUUGAAUAGUUCAAUGAGUAUUGUAAGAAAAAAAGCUUUCCCUUUGGAUGAAGGACGCUUGUUCGGGCUCGCAGCUCUGUCGAAUGAUGCAGUGGUUGUAGGAUACGGCAACAACAAGAGAGGUUGUGACCGCUUUACUCUGUCAGGAGAUGAUAUUCCAUACCUUGGGAGUGAGGUGGGUGACGUCUAUGAUGUUGCCUUCCUUUCAGGUGGCAGGACAAUCAUAUCAAGGUUGGGAUAUGAAUUCUUUGUAUACAACUCCGUCAGCGGAAGCAGUAGAGGUAUGAGGUACGCUUGCAAGCCAUCUGGAGGAUGCGUCCGGGUGUGCACCGAUCAGCAUGACAACAUCUACGCCGUCAAUUUUAACCCAGAGAUCUGCAUAUUCCACGGUAGCAACCCUAACCCACAGAAAGUGGUCCCCACUGGGAAUAUCCGACCGCAGCACAUCUGCGUUACCAAGACCGGCAUAAUGAUCACCAGUACCGGUGAUAUCACGCCUAGCACGGUCACUGUCUUUGACCGGGAAGGUCGCGUAGGCACUUCCAUUGUAGCAACCCAUAAUCAUGAGCAAGUGUAUGCUACGGUAGACAGCCUCGAUAGAGUUCUGGUAGCAACGGUGGGGCUUUAUUCAGAUGUGAUGAGAUUAACAAGGUACAAGCUGCUAGGAAUCGAACUCGUUGAGGAGGUGAAUUUCCAACAUCUCAGAAUGCCUUUGCCGAUACAAAGUAAUUUGCUUUGGCCAAUAGGGUUGAAUUCUCUGUUCUACAUUGUCAGUCUUACACCCACCAUGGUUGCUGUAGCUACCCUACACCAUCUCAUGUUCAUACAGCUAUGGAUGUAAGGAGGGAAGAGUUGGGUCAUUCCAUCCUGGGCGCUGUUUCAUAAAACUUGUUAUCAAUAACAAGUUACAAUACAUGUUAUAAACUACUGAUGUCCUUGCAUCAUUGGCUAAGAGCAAAGUUGUCUCAUCAUAUUUUUUUUUUUUUUUUACAUAUGUAAUUAAUAAGAAGUUUCAUUGAACCGAGCCCGGGUUAGGUUGCCUGAAAUAGCAUUAUGUAUUUUGACAACAAUAACCGGCUUGAUCCAUAACUGGUGAACUGCAUUUUUUAAAAAUUUCACAGUGUGUAAAUUGCAUGCACGCAACAUAGGUCUUACAAGUAGUCUCUGAGCUCUGUGCUAUUUAUAAGAUACAGAAAUGGGCAGCAUAUCGCACUUGUGUUACCAUAACAAAUAUUGUGCCAGUGUUUAAAAUGGCUGUCCAAAAAAAGUCAACAAUUUUUCAAAACGGUGUUCGCGAAGUGUAAAUGGCCUACAGUCUGUGACAUGAAAACAUGCAAAAGGCUUACUAGUUAGUGAUAUUUGUGAAUGAAAGUUUGUUUGACAUAAUUAUCUGAAUGGAAUUUAGAUUCUUUUCAAGACCAAUUACAGUAGUCUUUGAACAUUUGCAUACCCAAUCCAAAUCCUAAUACUAUU